CCCUCCAGGCGCUCUAACAACCACGUCCCGCCCCUCGAGACGCUCUGCCUCUGGGUUCGUCCCCUCGAGGCGCUCUAACAACCCGGCGCGGCCCCUCGAGGCGCUCUAACCCAGGCUCCGCCCCUCGACUUGCUCUAAUAACCAGGCUGCGCUCCUCGAGAUGCUCUAACGGCCAGGCCCCGCCUUCAAAGCGCUCUAACAACCAGGCCCCGCCCCUCGAGCGCCACAACAGCCGGGCCCCACCCCUUGAGGUGCUUUAACGGCCAGGCCCCGCCCUGAAGGCGUUGUAACAACCAGGCUCCGCCCCCAGGCGCUCUAACGGCCCGGCCCAGCCGCUUGAGGCGCCCCAACGGCCAGGCCGCGCCUCUGCGUGCGUGCGUGCGCGGCCCGGCAGAGUCGUGCGGGCGCCCGCGUACUCACUAGCUGAGGUGGCAGUGGCUCCACCAACAUGGAGCUCUCGCAGAUGUCGGAGCUCAUGGGGCUGUCGGUGUUGCUUGGGCUGCUGGCCCUGAUGGCGACGGCGGCGGUAGCGCGGGGGUGGCUGCGCGCGGGGGAGGAGAGGAGCGGCCGGCCUGCCUAGACGGGGACCCGCCUUGCCGGGUUAGGCGCACCUCCUGGGGCGGGACUGGCUCCAACCUGGGCCCCUUACUGCGGCUUUCUCUGUGGCCGAGGCCAGGCCGUCCCCGGGGUGGCCAGGAGAGCACCGUAAACUCUUCAGCCUGCUCCGUGGCCGCGAUCUCGGAAAAAGCACCAAUUCUGUGAUGUGCAGCAGCAUUUACUGGGCAUCUAUGACCCUGUGAUAGGCUUUGGGGUCUUUUUCUGUAAGGAGUCCAGUAAAGGAGAAGUACAUCUGCAUUAUGAACACCUAAAUAUGGCCCAGGAGCUUUUUUCCUGUUGGAAUUGGGGAGCAUCUGCAGUCAUUUACCACAUGCCAGCUUUGUGACUCAAUUAAGUAUCUUUUACAAAAGUGACUGGCUCCACUCCCCAGCACAGGACUCAACAGAUGUUGACUUCUCAUCCCCGAGUUCUUUCAGGCCAAAAAGCAAAUGGAUUUCCACCUGACAAAUCUUCGGGAUCCAAGAAGCAGAAACAAUAUCAGCGGAUUCGGAAGGAGAAGCCUCAACAACACAACUUCACCCACCGCCUCCUGGCUGCAGCUCUGAAGAGCCACAGCGGGAACAUAUCUUGCAUGGACUUUAGCAGCAAUGGCAAAUACCUGGCUACCUGUGCAGAUGAUCGCACCAUCCGCAUCUGGAGCACCAAGGACUUCCUACAGCGAGAGCACCGCAGCAUGAGAGCCAACGUGGAGCUGGACCACGCCACCCUGGUGCGCUUCAGCCCUGACUGCAGAGCCUUCAUCGUCUGGCUGGCCAACGGGGACACCCUCCGUGUCUUCAAGAUGACCAAGAGGGAGGAUGGGGGCUACACCUUCACAGCCACCCCAGAGGACUUCCCUAAAAAGCACAAGGCGCCUGUCAUCGACAUUGGCAUUGCUAACACAGGGAAGUUUAUCAUGACUGCCUCCAGUGACACCACUGUCCUCAUCUGGAGCCUGAAGGGUCAAGUGCUGUCUACCAUCAACACCAACCAGAUGAACAACACACACGCUGCUGUAUCUCCCUGUGGCAGAUUUGUAGCCUCGUGUGGCUUCACCCCAGAUGUGAAGGUUUGGGAAGUCUGCUUUGGAAAGAAGGGGGAGUUCCAGGAGGUGGUGCGAGCCUUCGAACUAAAGGGCCACUCCGCGGCUGUGCACUCGUUUGCUUUCUCCAACGACUCACGGAGGAUGGCUUCUGUCUCCAAGGAUGGUACAUGGAAACUGUGGGACACAGAUGUGGAAUACAAGAAGAAGCAGGACCCCUACUUGCUGAAGACAGGCCGCUUUGAAGAGGCAGCGGGUGCCGCGCCGUGCCGCCUGGCCCUCUCCCCCAACGCCCAGGUCUUGGCCUUGGCCAGUGGCAGUAGUAUUCAUCUCUACAACACUCGGCGGGGCGAGAAGGAGGAGUGCUUUGAGCGGGUCCAUGGCGAGUGUAUCGCCAACUUGUCCUUUGACAUCACUGGCCGCUUUCUGGCCUCCUGUGGGGACCGGGCGGUGCGGCUCUUUCACAACACUCCUGGCCACCGAGCCAUGGUGGAGGAGAUGCAGGGCCACCUGAAGCGGGCCUGCAACGAGAGCACCCGCCAGAGGCUGCAGCAGCAGCUGACCCAGGCCCAAGAGACCCUGAAGAGCCUGGGUGCCCUGAAGAAGUGACUCUGGGAGGGCCCGGCGCAGAGGAUUGAGGAGGAGGGAUCUGGCCUCCUCAUGGCGCUGCUGCCAUCUUUCCUCCCAGGUGGAAGCCUUUCAGAAGGAGUCUCCUGGUUUUCUUACUGGUGGCCCUGCUUCUUCCCAUUGAAACUACUCUUGUCUACUUAGGUCUCUCUCUUCUUGCUGGCUGCGACUCCUCCCUGACUAGUGGCCAAGGUGCUUUUCUUCCUCCCAGGCCCAGUGGGUGGAAUCUGUCCCCACCUGGCACUGAGGAGAAUGGUAGAGAGGAGAGAGAGAGAGAAUGUGAUUUUUGGCCUUGUGGCAGCACAUCCUCACACCCAAAGAAGUUUGUAAAUGUUCCAGAACAACCUAGAGAACACCUGAGUACUAAGCAGCAGUUUUGCAAGGAUGGGAGACUGGGAUAGCUUCCCAUCACAGAACUGUGUUCCAUCAAAAAGACACUAAGGGAUUUCCUUCUGGGCCUCAGUUCUAUUUGUAAGAUGGAGAAUAAUCCUCUCUGUGAACUCCUUGCAAAGAUGAUAUGAGGCUGAGAGAAUAUCAAGUCCGCAGGUCUGGAAGAAAAGUAGAAAAGAGUAGUACUAUUGUCCAAUGUCAUGAAAGUGGUAAAAGUGGGAACCAGUGUGCUUUGAAACCAAAUUAGAAACACAUUCCUUGGGAAGGCAAAGUUUUCUGGGACUUGAUCAUAUAUUUUAUAUGGUUGGGACUUCUCUCUUCGGGAGAUGAUAUCUUGUUUAAGGAGACCUCUUUUCAGUUCAUCAAGUUCAUCAGAUAUUUGAGUGCCUACUCUGUGCCCAAAUAAAUAUGAGCUGGGGAUUAAAUACGAAUAAGACAUGGUUUCUGCCAUCAAAGAUGGCUGGUGGGAGAGAGAGAUAUACCCUUAUCAAGUGCUUUGUGUUAGUUUAUUCAUAGCUAUUGUUAUAUAUGUCAAGGCAAGAGAGGACCAGAGCAGGACAGAGGCAAUGGGUAUUGAAGUUGAAGGGGUACAUUUGAUAAGAGAGUAGGUAUUGAGAAGUUUAAAUUUGUGAAUUUGAAGGCUGCUUGGGUGUGGCAGGUAAGGGAAAUGAGGUAUCUGGGAAGGCUUGAGUGUAGGCAAAUUUAUUCAUCCCAAGUCAAACUCUUGAUCUCUCUCACGAAAACUAUGACCCCCCCUGGUUGCCCCUGACCUCUCAAUGUUGGAACAAGCCACAACCUUGGAGUUAUCCUUGAUGACUCCCCAUUCAUUAUCCCUUCUAUCCCACCACCACAGCUGUCAUCUGUUCACCAGAACGUUCUUUUGGUUACACUCCAUGUGACAUCCUGAGGCUGUUGCUUCUCUCCAGCUUUUCUGUUACCAUCCUGGUCCUGGCCACUGUCACCUAGUGGGCCACUAUAAUAUGGCUUCCUAAUGGAUCUUCCUGCUUCCUCUGUUGCCUCAUUACUUUUCUAUAUAGCAGAAUGAUCUUUUGAAAAUGUGAACCAGAUCACAUUAUUCCCUAGUUAAAACCCCCCAAGGCUUCCCAUCACACUUGGAAUAAAAUCCAAAAGAAUUUUUCUAAACCAAAAAUAGUAAAAACAAUUUUUUUUUCUGACAGUCUCACUCUGUCACCCAGGCUGGAGUACAAUGGCGCAAUCUCAGCUCACUGCAACCGCCGCCUCCUAGGUUCAAGCGAUUCUCCUGCCUCAGCCUCCAGAGUAGCUGGGAUUACAGGCAUGUGCCACCACGCAUGGCUAAUUUUUGUAUUUUUAGUAGAGACAGGGUUUCACGAUGUUGGCCAGGCUGCUCUCGAACUCCUGACCUCAAAUGAUCCACCACCCCCCUUGGCCUCCCCAAGUGCUGGGAUUACAGGUGUGAGCCAUCGUGCCUAGCUAAAAACACUUAAUCCAAAAUUCUUACCAUGGCCUGCAAGGUCCUGUGUAACCUGGCUUUGUCCCCCCUCUAAAUGCUAUGAAUGUCAGAUGGGCACCGUAAUGAGAGCACCACUGGGCAGACUCCUGGACCAUCCCACUGUCAGCUCUGUGGUCCAGGCGCAGUACCUGGGACAGUGUAAGCACUCAAUGUGAAACUCAAGCCAGGGGCAAGCCACAGACCUCCCAGUAUCUUCUCCGUGCAUCUUCCCACUCCCAGUCUCCAUUGUGGUUUUGUAUGUUCCUAACCACAGACUUUUGGCAAUGCUGUGCACACAAGGCCUGAGGAGUAUUUCCUUGGCAAUUGUCAGAAGAAUGAGACUAAAACACUUCCUUUGCGCACCUGUUCUUAGAAGCAGCUCUGGCAUUACUCCCGUUGUGUAUCCAGGACAGGAAGUGGCAGUAGAAUGUUGAGUUACUGAAGUCAGAUGUCUUCAGUUCCAGUUCCAGCUGGAGAGCAGAUAGUAGGUCCGUUGACCUCUCUGAGCUUGUUUCCUCAGCUGCAAAAUAAGAAUGAAUCCUGUGCUACCCACCUUGCCAUGUUGUGUUUCAGUGAGACGAGAAAACACUACCAAAAAGUCAUUCCACAGACUUCUGAGGACAGAAAGUGCCCUCACUCAAGCUUCUCUUGUAACCACAGAGAAGGUGUCUGGAUAUUAACAUAGAGCAGAGGCCACCAAGGUUUUUCUUUUUUUUAAUCAAAAAUCCUGCAUGUGAAGGCAGUAUUAGUAUCUUAAUAUUAUAAUUUCAACAUCUGUGGGUGUGAAAUGUUUCAAAAUAAAAAGUUGGGGAAAUAUUUUAAA